AACUAUGGGCCUACUCACGAAAGGUAGUCCGCUCAGUUGGGCAGAAACGGUUCCGCAUGUGGAGUACAUAAAGAAGCACGGUAUCGCCCAGUUUAUCAAUUUGUAUCAUCGGUUGAAGAAUCGUCAAGGAGACCAGCUAAAAUGGGGUGAUGAAAUCGAGUACACAAUCGUGAAGUUUGAUCACGAACAUAAGAAGGUGCGUGUGUCGUGCCGAGCAGAAGAAUUGUUGGGACGUCUUCAAGCAGCCGAGGAGGUAAAUGCUAUGGUUGGUACUGUGAAUCGCUUCUUGUGGCGUCCUGAAUUCGCUGCCUAUAUGGUGGAGGGAACCCCAGGAGACGAGUCUGUUUUGUCAAUAUCUUUUCCUUCUCUGGGCAGUUUUGAUUUUACCGACCCUCCUAUGCGACCGACGCCCUAUGAUGAAAGUGGCCCAGGUCGAAGUAUCUUCUGGCCCGAGGAUACUGUUUUUUGCGGUCAUCCUAGAUUCAAGAACUUAGUGAAGAAUAUUCGUGGUCGACGUGGAGAGAAGGUGGCUAUCAAUGUGCCCAUAUUCAAAGAUGUAAAUACGCCUAGUCCCUAUAUUGAGGAUUUAUCUGCCUUUGGGGAAGGAAGCAUGAUCAGCGCAGCAAAGCCAGACCACAUUUACAUGGACCACAUGGGUUUUGGUAUGGGAUGCUGCUGUCUACAGGUAACUUUUCAAGCAGUCAAUGUCGAUGAAGCACGAUGGCUAUAUGAUCAACUUACACCUAUUACACCAAUCUUACUCGCACUCUCAGCAGCUACCCCUAUUUUCAGGAGCAAGCUGGCCAAUGUUGACUCUCGAUGGGAUAUCAUCAGUGCCAGCGUUGACGAUCGGACAGCUGAGGAGCGUGGUUUAGUACCACUACAAAAAUCGAAAUGGACUAUAGCAAAAAGUCGCUAUGAUUCCACAGAUUGCUACAUAUGUCCAUGUUCAGUGGCAUACAAUGAUAUACCUUUGCAGUACGACGAGGCAAUACUUAAGCAGUUAUUAGAUGGCAACAUCGACGAACCUCUUGCAAAACACAUUGCCCAUAUGUUUAUACGGGAUCCAUUACAGGUAUAUCGUGAACGAAUUCAGCAAGAUGAUGAAAAAUCAACUGAGCACUUCGAAACUAUUCAGUCAUCUAACUGGAUGAACAUGCGGUUCAAACCUCCACCUCCAGACGCUCCCGAAAUUGGUUGGCGUGUCGAAUUCAGACCAACGGAAGUGCAGUUAACCGACUUUGAAAAUGCCGCGUACUGCUGUUUCGUUGUUUUAUUGACUAGAGUGAUAAUCUCAUUCCGACUCACAUACUUACUGCCUAUUUCCAUGGUUACCGAGAACAUGAAACGAGCCCAGAAAAGAGAUGCUGUUAUUAGUGAAAAAUUCCUUUUUAGAAAAAGCCUGGCCACAUGCAAAUCAACUCCUGACCAGAACGGGUCACCAAGAUGUGGUGCACCCAGUGAAGACAUUGAGGAGAUGACAAUCAAUCAAAUAAUCAAUGGCAAGGAGGAAGGGUUUCCUGGUCUGGUUCCCCUUAUCAAGCAGUAUCUCGAUAGUGCAGAUAUGGACGUCGAUACACGCUGUACGGUCUCACAAUACCUGAAUUUCAUUUCGAAACGUGCCUCAGGUGAAAUAUGGACAUUAGCCCAUUGGAUACGGUGUUUUGUGGAUCAGCACCCCGCCUACAAGCAUGAUUCCAGUGUUCCCGACGAGACAGUAUAUGAUCUUCUUAUGCAGAUGGAUGCGAUAUCGAGCGGAAAGCAGCACUGCGCAAAGUUGCUGGGAUGUUAUAGAUCGAAGACGGACGAUUUGAUUCCAAGUGCUGUGCGACGAGCUGAGGAAAGUUGGGUGAUGAGCACACAGAAACGUGGAACGUAG